AUGGUAUUCCAUUAUAAGAGCCUCAUCGCAAUACUGUUAAGUUUACAUACAUAUUUGCAAUUUGCUUCAGCUGCCUUUGCACCUGCUGCAUGUAAAAUUCCAGAGGACGGUAUCACUGGGGCCACCGUCAGAUAUUUUAACUACCCUCUAUAUGAUGUUACUAGUUAUAAAAACAUAAGUUUUUUACUAGGUGGCUAUCUAAACAAUCCAUAUAAUGGUACAAUCACUGGUGUUCUAAAUCUAGCAUGGGAUUCAGGCUGGCCAGCAAUCAAUCCUCCUUAUGGAUAUACUGGCGUCCCUAUUUCUAACUUCCUGAUGGAGAUUACCGGUUAUUAUAAAGCUCCAAUGACCGGUCUUUAUACUAUCUCCACUAGAGUCGAUGAUUCCGUUACAAUUUUCAUGGGUGCCGGUGUUGCAUUUGAAUGUUGUGGCCAACAUAAAGAUUUUGUGGCCACAAACUUCGUUUUUUCAAAUACUGGUAGUGCAGAAUUUGGUAUGGGUACAGCUGCACGUGCUAUAUACAUGGAAGAAGGUUACUAUUAUCCUUUCAAGGUUGUGUAUAUUAACUACAUGCAAAGAGGGGUAUUAGAUAUUUCAAUAACUUGGCCAAAUGGUACUGUAGAUGAUACUAUAGGUAAUCAUCUACGUAGUAUUCCAGAUUCUAAUAAAUGUUCAGACAUACCUUUCACCUAUACUGGUUUUAAAGCAUACACAACAACAACGUCUACCAUCAAAACUACAAUACCUGGCAUAUACGCAGUUACUACUACUUCUACACGUACAAUUACAUCAAACAUUAAUAACUAUAACGAUGAAGUUGUAAUUAUCUACUACGAGGCAGAUCCAACAUCAACAUAUACCCUUUCGACUACAACUUCCUACACCAGAGGUUUGGUCAGUUCUGCUACUGCUGUCUCCACAUUCACUUCCUAUGUCACUGAUUCCAACGGUAACAGCACCCCAGUGGAUGUUGUUAUUAUCGAGACUCCAAUUCCAAGUACUGUUACAUCCUACACCAGAGGUUUAGUUAGUUCUGCUACUACUAUCUCUACAUUCACUUCCUUCACCACCGACUCCAACGGUAACAGCACCCCAGUGGAUGUUGUUAUUAUCGAGACUCCAAUUCCAAGUACUGUUACAUCCUACACCAGAGGUUUGGUCAGUUCUGCUACUACUAUCUCCACAUUCACUUCCUAUGUCACUGAUUCCAGCGGUAACAGCACCCCAGUUGAUGUUGUUAUUAUCGAGACUCCAAUUCCAAGUACUGUUACAUCCUACACCAGAGGUUUGGUCAGUUCUGCUACUGCUGUCUCCACAUUCACUUCCUAUGUCACUGAUUCCAGCGGUAACAGCACCCCAGUGGAUGUUGUUAUUAUCGAGACUCCAAUUCCAAGUACUGUUACAUCCUACACCAGAGGUUUAGUUAGUUCUGCUACUACUAUCUCCACAUUCACUUCCUAUGUCACUGAUUCCAGCGGUAACAGCACCCCAGUUGAUGUUGUUAUUAUCGAGACUCCAAUUCCAAGUACUGUUACAUCCUACACCAGAGGUUUAGUUAGUUCUGCUACUACUAUCUCCACAUUCACUUCCUAUGUCACUGAUUCCAGCGGUAACAGCACCCCAGUUGAUGUUGUUAUUAUCGAGACUCCAAUUCCAAGUACUGUUACAUCCUACACCAGAGGUUUGGUCAGUUCUGCUACUGCUGUCUCCACAUUCACUUCCUAUGUCACUGAUUCCAGCGGUAACAGCACCCCAGUGGAUGUUGUUAUUAUCGAGACUCCAAUUCCAAGUACUGUUACAUCCUACACCAGAGGUUUGGUCAGUUCUGCUACUGCUGUCUCCACAUUCACUUCCUUCACUACCGACUCCAACGGUAACAGCACCCCAGUUGAUGUUGUUAUUAUCGAGACUCCAAUUCCAAGUACUGUUACAUCCUACACCAGAGGUUUGGUCAGUUCUGCUACUGCUAUCUCUACAUUCACUUCCUUCACUACCGACUCCAACGGUAACAGCACCCCAGUUGAUGUUGUUAUUAUCGAGACUCCAAUUCCAAGUACUGUUACAUCCUACACCAGAGGUUUGGUCAGUUCUGCUACUGCUGUCUCCACAUUCACUUCCUUCACUACCGACUCCAACGGUAACAGCACCCCAGUUGAUGUUGUUAUUAUCGAGACUCCAAUUCCAAGUACUGUUACAUCCUACACCAGAGGUUUGGUCAGUUCUGCUACUGCUGUCUCCACAUUCACUUCCUAUGUCACUGAUUCCAACGGUAACAGCACCCCAGUUGAUGUUGUUAUUAUCGAGACUCCAAUUCCAAGUACUGUUACAUCCUACACCAGAGGUUUGGUCAGUUCUGCUACUGCUGUCUCCACAUUCACUUCCUUCACUACCGACUCCAACGGUAACAGCACCCCAGUUGAUGUUGUUAUUAUCGAGACUCCAAUUCCAAGUACUGUUACAUCCUACACCAGAGGUUUAGUUAGUUCUGCUACUGCUAUCUCUACAUUCACUUCCUUCACUACCGACUCCAACGGUAACAGCACCCCAGUUGAUGUUGUUAUUAUCGAGACUCCAAUUCCAAGUACUGUUACAUCCUACACCAGAGGUUUGGUCAGUUCUGCUACUGCUAUCUCUACAUUCACUUCCUUCACUACCGACUCCAACGGUAACAGCACCCCAGUUGAUGUUGUUAUUAUCGAGACUCCAAUUCCAAGUACUGUUACAUCCUACACCAGAGGUUUGGUCAGUUCUGCUACUGCUAUCUCUACAUUCACUUCCUUCACUACCGACUCCAACGGUAACAGCACCCCAGUUGAUGUUGUUAUUAUCGAGACUCCAAUUCCAAGUACUGUUACAUCCUACACCAGAGGUUUGGUCAGUUCUGCUACUACUAUCUCUACAUUCACUUCCUUCACUACCGACUCCAACGGUAACAGCACCCCAGUUGAUGUUGUUAUUAUCGAGACUCCAAUUCCAAGUACUGUUACAUCCUACACCAGAGGUUUAGUUAGUUCUGCUACUACUAUCUCUACAUUCACUUCCUUCACUACCGACUCCAACGGUAACAGCACCCCAGUUGAUGUUGUUAUUAUCGAGACUCCAAUUCCAAGUACUGUUACAUCCUACACCAGAGGUUUGGUCAGUUCUGCUACUGCUAUCUCUACAUUCACUUCCUUCACUACCGACUCCAACGGUAACAGCACCCCAGUUGAUGUUGUUAUUAUCGAGACUCCAAUUCCAAGUACUGUUACAUCCUACACCAGAGGUUUGGUCAGUUCUGCUACUGCUGUCUCCACAUUCACUUCCUUCACUACCGACUCCAACGGUAACAGCACCCCAGUUGAUGUUGUUAUUAUCGAGACUCCAAUUCCAAGUACUGUUACAUCCUACACCAGAGGUUUGGUCAGUUCUGCUACUGCUAUCUCUACAUUCACUUCCUUCACUACCGACUCCAACGGUAACAGCACCCCAGUUGAUGUUGUUAUUAUCGAGACUCCAAUUCCAAGUACUGUUACAUCCUACACCAGAGGUUUAGUUAGUUCUGCUACUACUAUCUCUACAUUCACUUCCUUCACUACCGACUCCAACGGUAACAGCACCCCAGUUGAUGUUGUUAUUAUCGAGACUCCAAUUCCAAGUACUGUUACAUCCUACACCAGAGGUUUGGUCAGUUCUGCUACUGCUAUCUCUACAUUCACUUCCUUCACUACCGACUCCAACGGUAACAGCACCCCAGUUGAUGUUGUUAUUAUCGAGACUCCAAUUCCAAGUACUGUUACAUCCUACACCAGAGGUUUGGUCAGUUCUGCUACUGCUGUCUCCACAUUCACUUCCUUCACUACCGACUCCAACGGUAACAGCACCCCAGUUGAUGUUGUUAUUAUCGAGACUCCAAUUCCAAGUACUGUUACAUCCUACACCAGAGGUUUGGUCAGUUCUGCUACUGCUAUCUCUACAUUCACUUCCUUCACUACCGACUCCAACGGUAACAGCACCCCAGUUGAUGUUGUUAUUAUCGAGACUCCAAUUCCAAGUACUGUUACAUCCUACACCAGAGGUUUAGUUAGUUCUGCUACUACUAUCUCCACAUUCACUUCCUAUGUCACUGAUUCCAACGGUAACAGCACCCCAGUUGAUGUUGUUAUUAUCGAGACUCCAAUGCCAAACAGAGUUACUUCGUACUGUAGAGAUUUGAUAACCGUAAGCUGUACUAUUUCUACUUUAACAUCCUUUAUGACCACUACAGGUACUGUCUCUGUCCCAAUUACAACUACUUAUACAACCACCGUCACUAACAGCAACGGCUCUUCCUCUUCUGAGGUUGUUGUUGCUAUAAUCAUCCCAUCUCCCCUUAGUGGCUCUAUAACAUCAUCAAUUUCUGUACCAUAUCCCCUCUACGGAAACUCCACAAUUUCUGGUAAGAAAGCUGAAUCUAUUUUGACUGACACUUUAGUUGUUUUGACUACAGUUGUUAAUGGAGUUACUAUGACUACAACUUAUUGUCCAGAACCAUCUGCAACUUCUGAAACAGGUAUGACUGCGAUCAUUGGACACAGUUCUAUUGAAUCUGUUUAUACUGAUUCAAGGAACCAACAAGAAGAGACUAACUCAUUUACUACUGCUACAAAUGUGACUCCAGUUAUUUCUAUUGCUUCUACCACCACGGGUCUAGCAUUUACCAAUGGUGAAAAUCACCCAACAUCUAGAAACUCUAGAACAUCUACCACUGUAAUCGGUAAUAAUGAGUCUAGAAGAUCAGAAACAUCGAUGCCUUCAAUGGUGCCGCAAGUUUCCCAAUAUGUUUCUGAACAACCAUCCUCAUCAUCAAUUGCUAUCACAGUACCUCAUGAAGGCGUACCUUCUCUUGUAUCAUAUGAAGGUAAGGGUGGUACUAUGUACGUGAAAUGGAGUAUUGCCCAUUGCAUUGGUUUAUUAUUAUUCAUGGUAAUUUAA